AAUGUGUCCCAUCAAUUUAAGGAGUAGAGAACAUGUAUGCAAUUUAAAAGAAGGCUGUGAUAAUGGAAAAGAUGAAAUAGAUUGUGCUGGAAAUAUUGACUUAGAACACAUUACUGUUACAGAAAAAAGUGCAGAACCAGCAAUAUACUUUUUAAAAUUGACUUCAAUUAAAUUAAAGACUAAUAUAGAAGAAAAAACUGAUAUUGUUGCAUUUGGACUUCCAGUUAGAACCAUCUUAAGAAAAAAAACUGCUUUAGACAGAAAAUGA